UAAGAAAGAGUACAAAAUAACAGAGAAAUAAAAAGAAUAAAUAUUCCUAGUUGCUCUGGCCACUCGAUUCUUCUUCAAAAUUCCCAAAUCCUCCAUUCCAAAUCCAACUUCUUAUCCCAUCGUAUUCUGCUUCGUCGUGGAGUUUGAAUCAAUUGGGAUAUGUCGAUAAGGAGUAUAAUCCAGGACAUGAAGUUCUCGCGGUCGCAGCGGGUGGUGCAGGACUCGGCUGCUCGGUCGGGCGGCCAGGCGGUGGGGGAGUCGUUGAAGCAGAGCUGCUGGGCUCAGAUGCCUCAGGAGUUACUCAGAGAGGUUCUGGUCAGAAUCGAGGCUUCCGAGGCCGCCUGGCCGCCGCGCAAGAGCGUCGUCGCCUGCGCCGGUGUCUGCCGGAGUUGGAGACACCUCACCAAGGAGAUCGUCAAGGCUCCUGAACUCUCUGGAAAGUUGACCUUCCCCAUCUCCGUCAAGCAGCCUGGUCCAAGGGAUGAUCUCGUGCAGUGCUUUAUCAAACGGAACCGUUCCAACCAAACAUAUUAUCUUUUUCUUGGUUUGACCCCUGCUCUAAUUGACGAAGGCAAGUUCCUACUUGCUGCGCGCAAGUUUAAACGCCCCACCUGCACUGAUUAUGUUAUCUCACUGUGUGCUGAUGAAAUGUCAAAGGGGAGCAGCAACUAUGUUGGGAAACUGAGAUCAAACUUCUUGGGAACAAAGUUUACAAUCUUUGAUGGGCAGCCGAGUCAUUCGGGAGCCAGGAUUGCAAAAAGUCGCUCCACCAGGCUUGUCAAUUUGAAACAAGUUUCCCCUAGAGUCCCUGCUGGCAACUAUCCGGUGGCUCAAAUUCAAUAUGAACUAAAUAUGUUGGGUUCCAGGGGUCCGAGGAGAAUGCAGUGUACCAUGGAUUCAAUUCCAUCCUCUUCAAUUGAGCCUGGAGGAGUAGCCCCCACACAGGCAGAGUUUUCACAUAGCAAUGCAGAAUUAUUUCCAUCCCUCUCAUUUAAUCGAUCGAAAUCAAACCGUAUGGAGAGUUUCCUGUCAGGGCCUUUGGCCAGACAGAAAGAUGGGGUGCUGGUGUUAAGAAACAAGUCUCCUCGGUGGCACGAGCAACUCCAGUGUUGGUGUUUGAACUUUCAUGGACGAGUAACAGUUGCUUCAGUGAAGAACUUUCAGUUGGUGGCUUCUCCGGAAAAUGGACCCCCUGGGCCAGAACACGAGAAGAUCAUCCUCCAAUUUGGAAAAGUGGGCAAGGAUCAAUUUACCAUGGAUUACCGGUAUCCAAUAUCAGCGUUCCAGGCAUUUUCAAUCUGCCUCAGCAGCUUUGACACCAAGAUUGCCUGUGAAUAAAGUAGCAGCUAGGUUUAAAGGUAACUUAGUGGGUUGAGUUCAAUGAGGCCGUUCACUGAAGGUGUUCGUAGUGCUGGGAUUGGCAGGCAUACAGCGUGCUCAGACGCUCCAGACCUUCUUGUAUCAUGAUUUUGCCAAACCCCGGAGUUCUGGAAUAUAAAGGUGGAGAGCCUUGGUUCUUGAUCACUCCACCAUGUGCUGUAAAUUUAACGUUUUGAAUGUAUAUAUUAGCUAUUUUAACAAAACCCUGUUUUCCCGAAAUUUGAUCACAUUUAAUUUUAUAUGUAUAUUUUGUUUCGUCCAA